AAACGAGUUAAUGAUCAGACUUGAAGCGUGAUAAGCAGUUAAUUCACUUAGAUGGGUCAUUGCACCCUGCACCAACAACCACUACACCUGCAUUUACUGUCGGAAUUAAAUUCACGAAACUCAAAACGCCGUCCAUUAGAUAGAGCUACCAUGAACGAAGCAGCAACAGAGACCAAAGACCACCAUGGCAAGAGGGGGUUGGUGUAAAAAGCUCAAAAGAAGCAGCAGUCACGCUGAUGAGAUGAUCGAGCUGAAGCUGGUGGUAGACGAUGAGAACAAGAGGGUGUUGUACGCCGAGGCUGGCGUGGAGUUCGUUGAUUUCCUCUUUGGCAUCAUGUCUCUGCCUCUGGCCUUCUUCGCCGGUCCGAAUGAGUGCCGGCUGGUGGUGGGGAGACUCUACGAGAGCUUGACGAACAUGGAAGACUCCUUCUUUGAGGCUUCGAGGUGGGGGAAGGAGGAGCUGCUGAGACCGGCGCUGCCCUCUACCUUCGCCGGUGUGAAACCCGGCUGGCCAUGCGAGGUGAAGGCCAGGCGGCCAGGCGGCAAGCGGCCGGCGCUCAAAGAAAAACGUGGCGGUGGCGGGAUGAUCUACAUGAUAACGAAUGAAUUGGAGGUGACGCCAAUGUCAACCGCUUCUAUUAUCGCUCUUAUGAAGAGCUUCGAAGUCAGCAUCGGCAAUGUGGACGAAAGGAUGGUCACUGUCGGGCCGAAGGAGAAAAUGAGCAUACUGAUGGCGCUAUUCUCAUCAAAGGGUGUUUUCACAGAGGUUUUUCUAUCCCCCAAAGUCCAUAACCAUGCAAAGCCGGUGCUUUCACCUGAGCUCACAAGCAAUCGACCGCCGGCUCAGAAAAGGCACCUCAGGGUCACAAGCGCUCGAACGCCGGCAAGCAGCGGAAGGAGGGGCGCCGGCACCAAGAGAAAUGAGGGAGGGACUAGAAGGAACACAAGGGGAGCAAAGUUGCGUUCGUCAGCCAACCGUGGGCGCCGGGGUGGUGGUGCCCGGCCUUCAGCAAACCGGGGGAGCCGUGGCGGCGGUAGUGGCAGAGGAGGAGGCAGAGUAGGGGCGAGGCAGGUGGCAGUGUCUGAGGCCGAGGAAGGCAAAGUUCCUCCUUGUUCUCCGACCGGCAGUGAUGAGGACGGUGAGAUGCACGGUGACGGAGAGCCGGUGGGAGGAUCUCACGUUAUAAAGACAGAGAGAGAAAGUUCCGACUAAAAACCUGCCUUAAUCUAUACUCUGCCGCAGUUCUGUGCUUCAUUUGGUAGGAAUCUCCACGAUUUUGUGUGCUCUUCAGAUCUUGGUACCUUACUGUAAUGCAUUAAUGCAUGUAAUCAGUAUGUUGGUUUUAUCCCAACUUUGCGAAAUUAAGCAUCGCAGUAUCAUC